AUGGAACCAGAAUCCAGGGCCAAUGGAACGAUUAUUGCUGAGUUUAUUCUACUGGGCUUGGUGGAGACACCAGGACUUCGACCAGUUGUCUCUGUGCUCUUCUUUUUUGCCUACCUGGUCACAGCAGGGGGCAACCUCAGCAUCCUAGCAGCCAUCUUGCUGGAGCCCAAACUCCACACCCCCAUGUACUUCUUCCUGGGGAACCUCUCAGUGCUGGAUGUCGGGUGCAUUAGUGUCACUGUUCCCCCAAUGUUGGGUCGACUUCUGUCCCACAAACGUACGGUUUCGUAUGGAGCCUGCCUCACGCAGCUCUUCUUCUUCCAUCAGUUUGCUGGUGUAGACUGCUUUCUGUUGACAGCCAUGGCCUAUGACCGAUUCCUAGCCAUCUGCCGGCCCCUCACCUACAGCACACGCAUGAACCAGACUGUCCAGAGGACAUUGGUGGCUGUGUCCUGGGUGUGUGCCUUCACCAAUGCACUGACCCAUACUGUGGCCAUAUCCACACUCCUCUUCUGUGGCCCCCGUGUGAUCAACCACUUCUACUGUGACCUCCCACAGCUGUUCCAACUGUCUUGCUCCAGCACCAAACUCAAUGAGCUGCUACUUUUUGGUCUGGGGAUCCUCAUGGCUGGUGCACCUGUGAUUCUCAUUGUCACUUCCUACAUCCAUGUGGCAGUUGCAGUCCUGAGAAUUCGCUCUGCUGAGGGUAGAAAGAAGGCCUUCUCCACAUGCAGCUCCCACCUCACUGUUGUGGGCAUCUUCUAUGGGACAGGCAUCUUUAACUACAUGAGGCUGGGCUCAGUGGAUGCUUCAGACAAGGACAAAGGCAUUGGCAUCCUCAACACUGUCAUCAGCCCCAUGCUGAACCCACUCAUCUACAGCCUGAGGAACCCUGAUGUGCAGGGUGCCCUGCAGAGGGUACUCACAGGAAAGCGAGCUAUGGUGUGA